AUGAUGACUUCCAAGUUCUUCUUCUUUUCAACUCUCUGUCUUCUCUAUGCAUUUACCAACGCCACCGAUAUUCACUACUGCGACAAGAAAGCCGACUAUGAUGUUGAGGUCAAUGGGGUUGAAAUAUCUCCUGAUCCCAUCGCAAGAGGCCAGCCUGCUACAUUCAGCAUUGCUGCAACUACAGGUAAAGCAUUGUCUGGAGGGAAGCUAGUGAUUGAUGUGUCGUAUUUCGGAUGGCACAUACAUAGUGAGACCCAUGACCUUUGUGGAGAAACUUCUUGCCCUGUUUCAAUUGGUGAUUUCGUGAUUGCUCAUUCACAAGUUUUACCUGGAUUCACUCCACCUGGUUCAUACACUUUGAAGAUGAAGAUGUUCGAUGGAAACAAGCAUGAGUUAACUUGCAUUACAUUUGGUUUUAGUAUUGGGUUUGGUUCCCCUGUGGCUGAUAUCUAA